AUGGAUGGGGGUAUUUUGGAGAUGGAUCUGGGGAUGGACCUUUAUGAGGAGUGGGAUUGGCAGAGGUUUAGGGAGGCGGAGAGUAUGGAGUUGGAGGAUGAAGAUGAGGGUAGUGUCAUGCAGCUAGGGAUGGGGAUGGAGAAUGGGGAGGAGGUUAGGAAGGAUGUUAGGGAGAGGAUGGAGAAUGGGGAAAGAAAAGAGGAUGUGGGUGAAACGGAGGAAGUGUAUUCACGGAGAAAUGUUUUGCCACAGUAUGAUGGGAUGGCUGACGAUACGGUCGAGGGUAGAGAAGCUGCAUCGAUAUCAAAAAUGGUGGUUGACGAUUUCAGGCCGAGAUCGCGCCAAAUGGUUUUGCCACAAUAUGAUGGCCUGGCUGAAGAGCCGGAAGAGGCUAUAUCCACGGCAAAAACCAGGGCUGAGGAUGUCGAUGUGAGUCUUCGUGUCGGUGAUACCACGGCUUUUACUUCAUUAUCAGAUAAUGCCCUAGGCAAUUCUGAGGUCCAAGAGCAAAGUGCGACAUUGAAAGUGGUUGAGGCAAAUAGAGAAGAAAACCACCUGGACAAUCUUCUCAGCCAGAACUACGAAGCAAUUCAAGCCUAUAUUGAUGACGGCGAGCAUCCCCCAGAAGACAUGGCAUCCGAGCGAAAAGCUGUGCUAGACCAGAAAAAGGCACUAAAAGCUCUUGCGGAUAACUCGCAAGAUUCCCAGGAUGACCAUAAGUCAGAACGGCAUGAUGGUGGGGCAGAGCACAGAGGAGAUCGAGAGAUGAUUCUAGAUGGUGAUGAGAGUAUUUCGGAUUUUCUUGGGGGUGAGACAGGGGAUGAAGAUAUGGUUGAAAUUGGGGAAAGCGCGAUUACUCGGGAAAGUCAUAAGGAGACUUCAGAUUCGGAAUCGAUUGCUAUCGAGACAGCAUCAAAGCUCGAUCCACUUGCAGAUGUUGAUACUUCUGCAGAGAACGAACGUGUGGAAGAGCAGACCAACAACAAAAUCAGGUAUUCUGUUUCGGGUGGCGAACAGUCUGUGGCGAAGAAAAUUCACGACGAUGCAUCGAGCUUGACAGAAUUUGUCACCGAGAUGGAGGUUGAGGCAGUAGUCGAUGAAGUUGCAAAUGAGGUAAAUGACGGACCCGAAAGAAAUCAUGGCAAUGUUUCGAUUUUGGCAACGGCUCAUUCCUACAUAUUUGAUGAGACUGAGGUCAACAGCAACACAGAUAGUCAUUCCGAAACCGACAUUCACGCGGCUGAAAUUAAUACCAGCGGUUUUCUCAGUAAUAAAGAUCUGAGAGAUCUUGAAGGAAAACCCAGCUCGAUAUCUACUCAAGAUAAAUUACCAGUUAAAUUUACUUCCCAGGACGGAUCUUCCGACGAGAUCAUAGCCGCCAUGAAAGACAAUACGGAUGAAAGCACUUUAAAUGACGCAGACAUGGACAAAGUGCCAGCUCUUACUUAUGCAGACACUCAAGAUUCAAGCAUCACCGAUCAUGGACCAGUGAAUGAAAACAGCGUGGAAGAUUUCGAUUUACCUAGUCUCACUAGAGUAGAAGCAACAAGACAACCAGAAAUUCCGGACAGCGAUGCAGUCACAGAAUCGAGUCAGCAAUCUCCACAGAAACUCAGCCAUAUUGAGAGAACGCUUGGUAGUGCGAUGAAGAAUACGAAGAACGAGGAAAUGCCAGUUGCAAGUGAUGUGACUGGAGAAGACAACGAGGAUAAAGACACCGAAGGCGUUGAAAGCUCAUUUGGAAGAGAAUGUGCUACAAGCUCCUUUGACCCAAAGAAACAUCUCAAUGAGCCAGAAGUGACGGGAGCCCAGAGUCUGCAGAAUGGAUCAGAUGAUCCCGAAGAAGAUCAAGAAUUGGUCGAGGUUGCAACCGCUGAUUCUGCGGAGAAAGUGUUGCGAAAUUCUAGAGCUGAAAUCAAAGAUAAUAUAGAAGUCGAGUCGCCUCCUACUAAAUCUCUACCACAAAAGAAGACGAAUAAGAGAGGUCGACCACCAGGAAGAAAAAUAUCAGGAAUGGUCAACAAUAAAGGUGACGACGAAGGACCUAUUGAAAAGAAAGCAAAGCUUGUCGAAGCUGAAUCAGAGACGCCGAUGAGUCCAGAUGCCAAGGACAGCUCAAAUGCAAGCAGCUCUGUACCAGAGAAGCAAAAGCGAGACGGGCCAUCUAGUGAGAAGAUGUCUACAAUAUAUAUUAACAAGGGUGCCACAGAAGAAGGCAAAACAAUUAUGGAUGCAGCAGAUAGCUCCGAAGUCGCUUUCGUCGACAAAACAGACAUGCUAAAUAAGCAAUCAUCCGCCAAUGAAACUCCGGCAGAUGAGUUUUCUCCAACUACCCCUGCACCAGAGAAGAGGAAACGAGGCAUGUCAGUUGAGAGAAAGAUAUCUACACUUUCUGUCGUUGCGGAUGAUGGUGGUGAUAUUGAGAAGGCUGAGAGUGAGGUCGCUCUGGUGGCUGAUGGGAGCACUCAGUCAUUCGUUGGUCCUGAAUUGACAGACGAGCCCGCUGCAAGCUCUCCUAUCCAUCCCAUGCCAGAGAAGAAGAGAAGAGGAAGACCGCCUGGUCGAAAGUCUUCAGGUUUGAGUCCUGAGAAGAAAGAUGCUGAUGAACCAAGUGAAGAUCUCAAUGACUCGAAUGGCAUUGUUGCAGCAAUUCCUAGCAACAGUGUUGAUGAUGUUGCUGAGCCCGUUAUUAACGACACUAUGGAUGAGCUGACCGCCAACUCAUCUUCACCUGACAAACUUAAAAGGGCAAGACCAGCCGACCAGAAAUUUUCUGGGUUAAGUCCCAAGAAAGGAGAUACUGAGGAAUUUACCAAGGGCUCGAGUAAUGUUCCAGUGGUGAUCCUCGAAGCUGUUAGGAUGGAGGAGGCUACACCAAAUCACAUAUCCACUGAUGGCUUUGAUACCGUCUCAUCUUCAUCGGUCAAGAGAAAGAGAGGAAGACCCCCAGGACGCAAAUCUUCUCAAAUCGAGCCCGAACAAGCAGAGGGUGGGGAAUCACCGACUUCACCAUUACCACAGACGAAUAUUGAGACUCGAGUGGCGAUGACGAAUAGGAAAUCGAAUGAUGAUUUGGGUGAUAGCUCGCCUUUACAAACGAGAAAGAGAGGUAGACCCCCUGGCCGAAAGGUCUCUGAAUUGACACCUCAAAAGACGGUCGUUGGUAAAAUUGCAGAAGAAGUUACUAGUGGUAUUGCGGCAGAAGAGGCUGUAAAUGCUGCUAUCAAUGAAUCUGUGACCAACAUGGAACUAGCUGAUGAGCCACCUGUCAAUUCUCCCCUGGAGAAGAGAAAGAGGGGUAGACCUUCUCGCCAGGCUUCUGGCUUGAACACCGGAAGUGCUAUUAAGGAGAGAUUGCCGGAUAGUGUUGAUAGUGCUAGCAAGAAUAUUCCAACAGAGAAUGUCGACUCCGAUGAAGAGGGAGACGAGCUACAAAAUGGGUCUCCGCCUGCCAAGAAGGUUAAACCAGAGCCAAAAAAGCGAGGUCGACCACCUGUGGCCAAAACAUUGGAUAUCGGUGAUGAAAACACCAAGGCUGAUGAACAAGAUUUGACCGGAGAAGAGAGCACUAGGGCCAAGGAAAACGAAAAGAUGGAGGUCGAUAUGCAGACUCGUGUCGAACCACCUACACCCGAGAAAAGAAAGCGAGGCCGGCCUUCUGCAACCAAAGCUCGGCGUAUAAGUAACAGCGACUCCGAGGUUACAGAGGAAGAGCAGCAAACAUCUGAGAAAGUGGAGCUUUCUGGUGCUGAAAAUGAGGAGCUUGUCGAGGUAGAAGCUGACGAGGAAGAAGAACCGGUCAUUGAGAAGAAGAAAAGAGGAAGGCCAACCUUGCUCAAGAACAAAGGAAAACAAACCGCCAAAGCCUCUGAACGUGCAGAUGACGAAGAUAUUACCAUGAAAGAUGCAGUCUCCACUAUUGGUAGUUCUAAAGGCAAGGUUUCCGGAAGUCAAGUAUCUAUCUCAUCAAACACCUCAUCCUCUUCACAACGCCAAGAUGCCUUCUUUGCCGAGAUGAAAGCUAUGAAAAUUUCAUCUCUCCAAGCUCGCAACACCCAACUCCGCAUCGAAAUCACACAAAAACGCGAGAAAGUUGAGGAGAUUACAGAAGAAUUAGAAAAACCGGCAGAUGAAACAGUCAAGAGACAUAUCAAGUUGCUGCAUGAUUAUAAUGACAUCAAGGAUGUGGGACAGGGCUUGGUGGGUAUGAUUGCGGAUAAUAGGGGGGUGAGGGUCGGGGAGUUGUAUGAGGAGUUUGGAGUUGGCAUUGCUGAUUAA